AUGAGUUAUCGCGUCUUCCUAAUCGUAUUACUUGGAUGCCUUGAACUCGGAAAUUCGGUUGGUUUUCAAUCUGAGCCUUGUACCGACGAGGAACUGGCUAAUAAGAAACAAUGUUUUCGACGAAUUCCCGAAGCCUCUUAUUCUCUACCUCGUGGGUACACAGUCACUCUGCAUUGUGUGGUAGCGAAUAUGCGAGGAAAAGCCCAGUGGCGCUUUAACAACAUUCUGCUUGGUAGGUACAACUCAUGA